CAUCCUUCCUAUAGAUCCACGACUCCUGUGGAGUCAGCGGCUAUUUACUCGGCAGAUGAUGGCAGAACUGCUACGAAUCCUGAACCGAUAGCCUCCGUACGCCUUCCUCACAUUUCAGCCAGGAGUCUCUUAGAGAAGGCAUUAAGAUAUUAUCGGGAAAUUAAUCAAAGCGACAAUUUACUGGACAAUGUUUGCGAUUUUACGCCCGGAAAAGAUGGGUUUUCUGUAAAAAAGGCAGCCGACGAAACAUUUCAGGGGUACGAUUCGGGAAAUUAG